AAGAUGGCCCAGCGGGGCCGUGAGGGGCUCCGCGGCGCCCCUUCCCCGCCCGCCGCCGCCCGCCCGGCCGGCGGGAAGCGCUGAGGCCAGCGCCGCCGCGCCACAGCCCGUCCCCGGCGGGGGCACCGAGCCAUGGGGCUCUGCUACAGCCUGCGCCCGCGGCUCUUCGGCGACGCCGGCGGCGGCGGCUCCAUCUCCAGCGCCGGCGCCGCCUCGGAGCCCGAAGCGCCGGCGGAGCCUCACGCCGCCCCGCAGCCGCAGCCUCUCGGCGUCCCGCUCCGGCCCGGCGGAAAGCCCGGCGGGGAGGCGGACGGGCCGCCGCUGCUGCUGCUGCAGAACGGCGGCGGCAACGGGGCGGCCCCCGAGCGGCAGCCGGCGCUGCCCAAGGCCGGCGGCCCCGGCCUUGGCGGCGGGGGGAAGGCGGCGCGGCAGCAGGCGCUGCACCAGCCGCCGGCGCUCCAGAGGACCUGGGAGAAGCUGCGCCUGGAGGAGCGGGAGGCGGAGAAGGAGGCGAGGAAAGUCAGUAAGAGCAUCGACCGGGCGCUCAAGGAGCAGAAGCGGGAGUACAAGCAGACGCACCGCCUGCUGCUGCUCGGGGCUGGUGAGUCAGGAAAAAGCACUAUUGUGAAACAAAUGCGAAUCCUACAUGUCAAUGGAUUUAAUUCAGAAGAAAAGAAACAGAAAAUACUGGAUAUUCGGAAAAACGUUAAAGAUGCUAUUGUGACUAUAGUUUCAGCUAUGAGCACUUUAAUACCCCCAGUUCCAUUGGCCAACCCAGAAAACCAAUUUCGAAUGGACUACAUCAAGAGUAUAGCUCCUCUUUCUGACUUUGACUAUACACAGGAGUUCUUUGAACAUGCAAAAAAGCUCUGGGAUGAUGAAGGUGUAAAGGCGUGCUUCGAGAGGUCAAACGAAUAUCAACUGAUUGACUGUGCACAGUACUUUUUAGAAAGAAUUGACAGCGUCAGCAUGGAUGACUACACACCCACAGAUCAGGACCUACUAAGAUGCAGAGUGUUGACAUCAGGGAUUUUUGAAACAAGAUUUCAAGUAGAUAAAGUAAAUUUCCACAUGUUUGAUGUAGGUGGCCAGAGAGAUGAGAGAAGAAAAUGGAUCCAAUGCUUUAAUGAUGUCACAGCUAUCAUCUUCGUUGUGGCUUGCAGCAGCUACAACAUGGUAAUAAGGGAAGACAACAACACAAACAGACUACGGGAAUCCCUGGACCUUUUCAAAAGUAUCUGGAAUAAUAGGUGGUUACGGACCAUUUCUAUCAUUUUAUUCUUGAAUAAGCAGGACAUGCUGGCUGAAAAAGUCUUGGCAGGGAAAUCAAAAAUUGAAGAUUACUUUCCUGAAUACGCGCAUUAUACAGUACCUGAGGAUGCAACACCAGAUGCAGGAGAAGACCCCAAAGUCACAAGAGCCAAGUUCUUCAUCCGGGAUGAGUUUUUAAGGAUAAGUACGGCGAGCGGAGACGGCCGGCACUACUGCUACCCUCACUUCACGUGCGCAGUGGACACAGAAAACAUCCGCAGAGUGUUCAACGACUGUCGGGACAUCAUCCAGAGGAUGCACCUCCGCCAGUACGAACUCUUGUGAGCAGGAUCACCGUGGAACCUGUGGUUUUAAAUUCUUUGCUCCUUACUCUUUCUCUUGAUACUACCCCACACAGGGUGGAAGAAUAUACUAUAGAAAUGUCA